CUCUCCGACCUAACCUCCGGAAAAGAAGCGCUGGAAAAUGACAAUCAGUGUACCCGGUAUCACUGUAGGCGUGCUCGCUCUGCAGGGGGCUUUCAGCGAGCAUAUCCAGCUGUUGCGACAGGCGGCGCAAACUCUGAGGAAACGCCACUCGCAUAACCUGAACUGGACUUUCAUUGAGGUCAGGACGCCGCAGCAACUACAGACUUGCGACGCCCUGAUCCUUCCCGGAGGCGAAUCCACGACAAUAUCACUGGUCGCAGCGCGGUCAGGUCUUCUGGAGCCGUUGCGUGACUUUGUCAAAGUGGACCGGAAACCUACCUGGGGAACAUGCGCUGGACUGAUAUUGCUGGCGGAAUCUGCGAACAGGACGAAGAAGGGCGGACAAGAGCUCAUCGGAGGGCUGGACGUGCGGGUGAACAGAAACCACUUUGGGCGGCAGGUUGAGAGCUUCCAAGCCAACCUGUCACUCCCAUUCCUCGGCGCCGCAGAAGAUAGCUCGGCGGAUGAACCCUACAGAUGCGUCUUCAUUCGAGCGCCCGUUGUCGAGAAGAUCCUCCCGCAUAAAUCCGGGAUCCAGAGCGAAGAGGCGGCGAGAGACGCUACAGUGGUUGCGCCUUCAAAGACGCCGGUGGGAGAGGCUGCUAAGGAGGAAGCAAAGGAGAAUGUCGAGAUCAUGGCCACUCUAUCUACCCAUAACCCGGCUCUGGAGGCAAAUCAGGAGCAUACCCAUGCCGGUGCGGAAGAUAUAAUCGCCGUCCGACAGGGUAAUGUCUUCGGCACUAGUUUCCAUCCGGAACUCACAAACGAUCCGCGUAUCCAUGUCUGGUGGUUGGAGGAGGUUGCAAGGGCUGUCGAGCGCCGUCGCCAGCUCGAGCUUGUAGAUAGAACGAUUUAGGGUAGGCCAGGAGGCGAUUUGCUGUUAUGAUAGCAUCCAGAGCAUGGCGUUUGGAUUUUUGGGAACGAUAGACCAGUACAGAAUAGACUUUGAAGCUUGUAUUGGGUAUUGUUAG